AUGGAGACAAUUACAAAUCCCCAUCAAGCUCAUGCUCAUUUUACUUUACCCGAAACAAAUAAACCGACUAAAGAGCCAACAAUUAAAUUAACUCAAGAACAAAUCGAUUUUUUUAAAACAAAUGGCUUUUUAAGUAUUGAUCGUUUCAUUGAUGAUAAUGAAGUGUCUUAUAUUCGUGAUCAAUACGAUCAAUGGUUUGCUGCUAAACUUGGUCGAGAACAUGGAAAUUUUUUUGAUUUACUUUCUGAAGAUACUGAUGAUAAAGAAGCAGUUGCACCACAACUUUUAUGGCCAUCAAUCUAUGGUAAAAAUAUGACCGGAUUUGAUUUAUAUAGUACUCAAAUGUAUGCAAAUGCAUAUGCAAUAAGUAAAACUUUACUUGGUGAAGAAACAACAUUUAAAGGAGAUCAUGCAAUUUUAAAACCACCAACGUCUAAUUCACUUCCAACACCAUGGCACCAAGAUGAAGCUUAUUGGGAUCCAACAUUAUUCUACGAAUCACUUGGUGUUUGGGUUGCUCUUCAACCAGUGUCACUUGAAAAUGGUUGUAUGCAAUUUAUUGCUGGUUCUCAUCUUUUAUUUGAUGUACUUCCUCAUCAUACUCAAAAUAAUAAUCCACGUAUACAUGGUCUUGAAAUUGAUAAUCCAAAUGAAUAUAUAAAAAAUGUUAUUUCAUGUCCUCUUCCAAGUGGUGGUGCAACUUUUCAUCAUUGUCGUACUUUACAUUAUACUGGUCCUAAUCAUUCAAAUGAACCACGUCGUGCUUAUACAUUACAAUUUCAAUGUAAUACAAAAAAACGUGAACAACCCCGUCUAAAUACUUGGAAUGAAAUAAAAACAACUGAACGCGAAAAACGUGCAAAAGAAAGUGGUUGGACUAUUCGAGCACCUUAA